CGCAAUCAGAGGACUCUGGUUAAAAGGGUGGAGUUUCGAGUUUAUCUAAGCUAAUUUGCGCCAUAUCACACUCCAAUCCCCCAUUCUCGUCCACUAACCUGCUACCUAUCGACCCUCCUACCCAUGAAGAGGGGUCCUGUUCCUCAGAGAAUUCACUCCCAACGCUUGCACCAUGCUGAAGGUAGUGGUUGAGAGCGCAAAAGGGAUUCCCAAAAAGACUCUUGGCAAUCCAGAUCCCAUAGCCGGAGUUAUUUUCAGAGGAGAAAAAAAGAAAACAAAGGCCAUUUCCAAUGAGUUAAAUCCAGUGUGGAAUGAGGUCAUUGAGUUUGAUUUGAAAGGUUCAUCUUUGGAUUCUUCCUCAUUCAUUGAAGUGGUUGUUAAAGACUAUGAGACCAUUGGCAAGGACAAAUUGAUUGGCUCUACGAAAAUCUCCCUCCGGGACCUAGCCAGUGGUCAGGCAAGGUCUCUGCCUUCACGGAAUGUUCCUCUCAUCAAUGAGAAGAAGCAAGAUAUAGGGGCAACAAUCAAUUUAGUGAUUGGAUAUGAGCCUCCUGCCAGUGCUCCUCCUAACCCAAAUGCACAGAUUGAUGGAGAUGUUCCAGCAGGAGAAUCAGCUGUGUCCCCUGCUGGCAAAGAUGGAACUGAUGGUGAUGAAGAUCCUGGAGAGUGGGGAGACACAAGGGCUUCUGGAGAGCCUCCCACACCUGGACAACCUGGAAAACCUCCCCAAAAGAUGAUGCGUAUGGGCCGGAAGAGGCAGAAAGCUUUGGCUAACAAACCCCAAGAUUUCCAGAUUCGCAUUCGCAUCAUCGAGGGUCGGCAGUUGCCUGGCAAUAACAUCAAACCAGUCGUCAAAGUGAGUGUUUGUGGGCAGACACACAGGACAAGGAUCAGGAGAGGAAACAAUCCAUUCUUUGAUGAGAUUUUCUUCUACAAUGUCAAUAUGCUGCCUUCAGAGCUAUUAGAUGAGAACAUCUACAUCAGGGUUUAUAACUCAUUCUCCCUGAGAUCAGACAGUCUUUUGGGGGAGUUCAAGCUGGAUGUGGGCUACGUCUAUGAUGAACCUGCCCAUGCUAUCAUGAGGAAGUGGCUGCUGUUGAGUGACCCUGAUGACUCUAGCUCAGGAGCUCGGGGUUACCUGAAAGUCAGCAUGAUCAUCAUGGGAACUGGAGAUGACCCACCGGUAGAAAAGAGAGAACAGAUUGAAGAAGUGGAUGACAUUGAGAGCAACCUACUGCUGCCCGCUGGGGUCACCCUGCGCUCAGCCACACUCUCUCUAAAAGUGUACCGUGCUGAGGACAUGCCACAGAUGGAUGAUGCCUUUGCCCAGUCAGUGAAGCAUAUGUUUGGAGGAGAGAGUGACAAGAAAAAUCUUGUGGAUCCAUUUUUGGAAGUUAGCUUUGCAGGCAAAAAGCUAUGCACAAAGAUCAUUGAGAAGAAUGCAAAUCCUGAAUGGAACCAGUUGGUAAACAUGCAGGUUAAGUUCCCAUCAAUGUGUGAGCGCAUCAAACUUACUAUGUUUGACUGGGAUCGCUUCUCAAGCAAUGAUGCUGUAGGAACCACUUACUUAGAUCUGACCAAAAUAGCAUCUUCUGGUGGGGAAAUUGAAGCAGAGACAUUUGAAAAUGGAACGCUUCCAGCAGCAGAAGUAGAACGAGUUGGGACUGAGGUUGGCUUUCUCCCGGCUUUUGGCCCUUGUUACCUAAACCUCUAUGGGAGUCUGAGGGAAUUCUCUGAUCUUUCUGACCCAUAUGAGGAGCUCAAUUUAGGAAAAGGUGAGGGGGUGGCGUACAGAGGGAGGGUUCUUAUUGAACUUUCCACUCGGCUGGAUGACAAGAUUGACAAAAAAGUGGAUGACCUCUCCAAUGAUGACAUCUUAGUAGCACAGAAAUACCAGCGGAAGAGGAAGUACUCUCUGUGUGCAGUGUUCCACAGUGCAUGCAUGCUCCAGGAGCCAGGGGAACCAAUCCAGUUUGAAGUCAGUAUUGGCAACUAUGGCAACAAGAUGGAUUCAACAUGCAAACCGCUAGCCUCUACAACGCAAUACAGCUGUGCUGUGUUUGAUGGAAAUAAUUACUAUUAUUUGCCCUGGGCCAACACAAAGCCAGUUGUUAUCCUCACUUCCUUCUGGGAGGACAUAAGUCAUCGUCUGGAUGCAGUGAAUAUUGUUCUUUUCACUGCUGAUAGACUGAAAGCCAAUGUCACCUCACUGAAGACAGCUAUAUUCGCAAAAGUUCCUGAGACACGUUUAGCUGAAAUCUGGCUGAAACUUAUCAACCAGCUAAUUGAGGACCUCAGCAGUUUCCAGUUACCAGAUAUUGAGGGAAAGGCUAACCUGACAGCUCUGGAUAUUCAGAUAAAGAAGUUACGAGACAGAGCCAUCGUCAGCAUUAGAGAAGCAGCCCGCCACAUGAGGGAGGAGGCCACUGAUGUUAAAGCCACACUUACUGACAUAGAGGAGUGGUUAGAGCGCCUACAACAAAUUGCAGAGGAGCCUCAGAACAGCAUGCCUGAUAUCAUCAUUUGGAUGCUGAGAGGAGAGAAGCGUAUGGCCUAUGCCCGCAUUCCAGCCAAUCAGGUGCUCUUCUCAACUCACAGUGAUCAGGCUACUGGAAAAUACUGUGGCAAGACACAGACCAUUUUUAUGCAGUAUCCAAUGGACAAAAACAAAGGGGUGAAGAUUCCUGUUCAGCUGCGUUUGAACGUAUGGCUGGGCCUAUCAGCUCAUGAAAAGAAGUUCAACACCUUUGCAGAAGGAACAUUCAGCGUCUAUGCUGAAAUGUAUGAGAACCAGGCUCAGAUGUUUGGAAAGUGGGGCACCACAGGCCUUGUAGGUCGCCAUAAAUUCUCUGAUGUGACUGGGAAGAUAAAGCUGAAGCAGGAGUGCUUCCUGCCACCACGCGGCUGGGAGUGGGAAGGGGAUUGGUUCAUUGAUCCCGAGAGAUGUCUGCUGACAGAGGCCGACGCAGGGCACACAGAGUUCACGGAUGAGGUGUUCCAGAACGAAAGCCGUUUCCCUGGUGGAGAGUGGAAGCCUGCGACUGAGCCCUACACUGACGUGAAUGGAGAGAAGGCCCAGAGCCCAGAGGAGAUUGAGUGUCCUCCAGGGUGGAAGUGGGAAGAUGAGUGGAGCUUUGACAGCAACAGAGCUGUAGAUGAGAAAGGUUGGGAGUAUGGCAUCACUAUUCCUCCAGAUGAUAAGCCUAGCAGCUGGGUAGCAGCAGAAAAAAUGUACCAUAUCCACCGCAGGAAGAGACUGGUACGGCUCCGUAAGAAGACAAAAAACACCCCCACUGUAGAGAAGAAAGAAGCAGGUGAUGGCUGGGAAUAUUCCUCUCUGAUUGGCUGGAAGUUCCACAGAAAGGAGCGUUCCUCAGAUACAUUCCGGCGCAGACGCUGGAGAAGAAAAAUGGCCCCGGGGGACAGUGUGGGCGCUUCAGCCAUCUUCAAACUGGAGGGAGCAUUGGGGGUAGACAUUGAUGAGAAAACCAGCAAGAAAGAUGCAGCGAAGCUUUUUGGUGCCAACACACCCACAGUUUCCUGCAGCUUCAACAAGUCAUUCAUGUAUCAUCUCAGAGUGUAUGUCUAUCAAGGCAGAAACCUUCUUCCUAUGGACAAAGACAGCUUUUCGGAUCCCUACUGCCAUGUGUCUUUUCUCCAUGUGAGCAAGACCACGGAGAUCAUUAAGGCCACCCUCAACCCCACAUGGGACCAGACACUCCUCUUUAAUGACAUUGAAAUCUAUGGCGACCCUCAGACAAUUGCUCACAAUCCACCCAGUGUGGUUAUGGAGCUUUUUGACAGUGACCAAGUGGGGAAGGAUGAGGCCAUGGGAAGGUGUGUUUGUCCCCCAGUGGUAAAGCUCAAUCCUGGCUCACCGGUGACCCCAAAGUUGCUCUGGUUCCCUGUCACCAUGAAGGGCCGAAGUGCUGGGGAAAUUCUGGUGGCAGCCGAGCUAUUGCUGAAAGAUAAAACAAAUGAGUCUGAAAUGCCUCUGGUUCCACCCAAAAGAGCUGAGAAGCUGUACAUGGUGCCUCAGGGGAUCAGGCCUGUGGUGCAGCUUACUGCGAUUGAGAUCUUGGCCUGGGGUUUGAGGAACAUGAAGACCUAUCAAAUGGCAGCUGUAUCCUCACCCAGUCUCAUUAUAGAAUGUGGCGGACACACUGUUCAAACUGCCGUCAUCAAAAACAUCAAGAAAUGUCCAAAUUUCCCUGGAUCAGUUCUGUUCCUUAAAGUGCUUCUCCCCAAAGAAGAGAUGUACACUCCACCUAUUGUGCUAAAAGUGAUAGAUCACAGACCCUUUGGCCGGAAACCUAUUGUUGGCCAAUGCACUGUAGACUCUUUGGAAGAGUUCAGGUGUGAUCCUUACAUGGACAUUGCUGAAGUGUCCAGGACUGCCCGAGUGGCCAUGAUGUCAGCUGCCCCUGGAGACGUGAUUAUUGACAUAGAAGACAGACGACCAGUCCUAGACAGUCAGCCUGCUGAAAAGGUGGAUGAAGCUGUGGACUGGUGGAGUAAAUUCUUCGCCUCUGUUGGGGAGCACGAGAAGUGUGGCCCAUAUCUACAGAAGGGUUAUGCCACUUUAUCAGUCUAUGACAAAGAACUUGAGGCAAUGCCAGACUUCCAUGGGCUGACAGAUUUCUGUAAUACUUUCAAACUGUUCAGAGGAAAGACUGAUGAUGAUGAAGAAGACCCCUCUGUAGUGGGGGAGUUUAAGGGUUCUUUUCGAGUAUACCCCUUAUCAGACGACCCUGAAGUCCCAGCACCUCCUCGGCAGUUCAGAGAGUUACCUGAGAGUGGACCUCAGGAAUGUGUGGUUAGAAUCUAUGUGGUGCGCUGUAUCGACCUACAGCCUAAAGAUAAUAAUGGCUUGUGUGAUCCUUACAUCAAGAUAACUCUGGGGAAGAAAACCAUUGAUGACAGAGAUAAUUACAAACCGAACACCCUAAACCCUGAGUUUGGAAGAAUGUUUGAAAUGUCCUGCUUUCUGCCGCAAGACAAGGACCUGAAAAUCAGCAUCUAUGACUUUGAUUUGCUAAGCCGUGAUGAGAAGGUUGGGGACACAAUUAUUGACCUUGAGAAUCGACUCCUUUCUCGAUUUGGCUCGCAUUGUGGUCUUCCACAGAUGUAUUGUGUGUCAGGAGUUAACCAGUGGAGAGACCAGCUUAAGCCAUCUCAGAUCCUGCAGAACCUCGCCAGACUGAGAGGACUUCCUCCACCCCAGAUUGCAGAUGAUGGCAGUUCACUUUCCUUUGGAGGGCGAGAGUACAACCUGCAUGACUUGGAGGCCAGUAAAGUGCUGCACCAGCACCUAGGUCCAGCCAAGGAGCGUAUCUGCCUGCAUGUUCUGCGGAAGCAGGGCCUGGUGCCUGAGCAUGUGGAAACAAGGACCCUGCACAGCUCCUACCAGCCCACGCUGUCCCAGGGAAGAAUUCAAAUGUGGGUGGAUGUAUUUCCCAAAAACCUUGGAAUCCCUGGACCUCCAGUUGACAUCACUCCUCGCAAAGCCAAGAAGUAUUUCCUACGAGCUGUUAUUUGGAACACCUCUGAUGUCAUCCUGGAUGAAACCAGCAUUACUGGUGAACACAUGAGCGAUAUCUAUGUGAAAGGGUGGAUGCCCGGUAUGGAGGAGGACAAACAGAAAACAGAUGUCCACUACAGGUCUCUUGAUGGAGAUGGAAAUUUCAACUGGAGAUUUGUCUUUGGCUUUGACUACCUACCAGCAGAACAGUUGUGCCUUGUGUCAAGAAAAGAGCAUUUCUGGAGUCUUGACAAAACUGAGUUCAGGAUUCCUCCCAAACUGAUCAUUCAAAUAUGGGACAAUGACAAAUUCUCUUUGGAUGACUACUUAGGCACUGUAGAGCUGGAUUUGAUUCACCUCAUGCCUCCAUCUAAAACCCCUGAGAAGUGCAGCCUCAACAUGCUUACACAGGGAGCAGGCAGAAACCUCUCCUCCAAUUCACUCUUUGCCCAGAAGUCUGUGAGAGGUUGGUGGCCCUGCGCCAUGGAGGAGGAUGGCAAGAAGCUUCUGACUGGUAAAGUGGAGAUGACUUUGGAGAUUGUGGAUGAGAAGGAAGUGGAAGAGAGGCCUGCUGGGAAAGGAAGAGAAGAGCCCAACAUGAACCCCAGACUGGAGCCUCCAAACCGUCCAGAUACAUCAUUCCUUUGGUUCACAAAUCCAUGCAAAACUAUGAAAUUUAUAGUAUGGCGUCGAUUUAAAUGGGUCUUCAUUGGAGGCAUCAUUCUCAUACUAGUGCUCCUGUUUGUAGGAGUCCUGCUGUACUCUUUACCGAACUACAUUUCAAUGAAAAUUGUAAAGCCUUUAUAAUGGGAGACUGGAGGACUGAUGUUGCAAGACUGUCAUUGGAGUACGCUGCCAAAGAAUAAGAAACUGAAUUAAAUUUAGAGAUGUUUAGACAUAUAAUGUGUUUGUACUUCAGUAGUAAAGUCAUUUUAUAACGUUCACCAGCGCGGUUCAGAGAACCCAGUUUUGCACUUUUAUUUGCACUGAAGUUCUCUAUAGUUUUAAGUACUCUAUUCACAGAAACACAGCCUAACAUUCUGUAUCAUUCAAAUCACUUCCUUAAUAAGCACAAUAUUUAUCCAAGCAAAACAUCAUGGUUCAUUGUUGUAAUCAUUCACAUUAUUUUAUCUGUCCAAAGAUCUAAGGAUCCUUUUUUAAGAUCCACUUACUCUUGUUCACUGAUUUACAGAAGUGAUUACUGCAUACUAUCUGAAUGCAACAUUCUGCACUGUAUAUAUGGUUGGUAAUCUUCCAGUGAAUUGUGGGCACAUUUACCAAAGCCUUCAUGUCAAACAAAAACAAAUAUCUUGUCAUGUGUGGAUUACUGAACUAUGAGCUAAAUAAAAAUCUAAAAACUGA